AUGAAUGCAUCGCAUACAGAGUUUAUAGAAAGCUAUAUUGAUUAAAGCAAUAAUUAUAGUAAAACGAAACUAAUUGAUAAAACAGUAUAAAAUAAUGGAAUACAUAUGAAAUAAUAAUCCAUCUUAAGAUACCUAGUUUUAUUUUUGUCAAUCUGGAUAAUUAUUCCUUCAUUUUAUUGCUUUGACUAACCAGUGGCAAUAUAUAAAACACUAUAAUAAUUAUUUUAAGAAGAUUCAACGAUAAAUUUUGACUUAUAUUUUGCAUCUCUUUAUAUAAUAUAUGCAUUUGGGAAUGCCUUCUUGCCUCUUUUUACAGGAGGAAUGAGAGAUUGUCAUGGUGACAGAAUAAUUAUGACUUAUAUAGUAGGUGUAAAUAUUAUUAAUUAUUAUAGCUAUUAUGAUAAUAGGAUAACUAACUUUCACAGUAGGAGUCUAUUUUAAAUCAUUUUUAUUCAUGAUUUUAGGUAGAUUACUUUUAGGUUGGGGUAUUGAGUCAUUGUUACCAUUAUGGGCAUCUUUUUUGGCCCCCUUUUUUAAGAAUAGCAUUGUAACAUUGAAUUAUGUAUAUAGUCAAUAGUUUUGAGUAUUUUACAACUAUUUUCAUAAAUCGGUUUAGUACUAUCAAUAUAUCUAACACCAAUUAUCUAAAAAAAAUAUAAUUUGAUGACAUCCUUAAUAAGUGGAAUAGCAUUUAUAUUAAUUGGCUAUAUUUUAUUAUGCCUUGGUUUUUUGAUAGAUAAGAAAUUAGAAAAUGAAAAUUAUUUAUCCUCCUAUAGACAACUCUAACCAAGUAGUGACAUUAUUUUAACUGAAGAUACAAAAAUAAUUAAUAAACUCUAUUUCUUUAAGUUCAAAGAUUUUAAGAUUUUUCCAUAAAUGUUUUGGUUACUUUUAGCUUUUAAUUCUGUAUUUUAUUGUUCAAUAGUCACACUUGUGAAUGUGUCAAUGUAUAUUAUGGCAUCGGUUUUAUUUGAUAUAAAUAAUCAAAUUGAGGAAUUAGAUAUUGCAUUAUUUUGGAUGUUAGGUUGCUUAUCACUUUUUAUUAUUGGUCCUUUGGUUUAAUAUUUUACAUAUAGAAGGUAUUUAAUUAUAGUUUCUGUUAUAAUUAUAAUUAUUGGCCAUAUAUAGUACUUAACCUCACCUCAUAUAGGUCUAAUCAUAUUAGCAAUAGGUUAUUGCUUAUCAUUUGUAUGUACUUGGAGUGCAAUUAUAUACAUAAUCAAAUUGAAAUCAUUUGGCAAAGCAUUUGGUCUUACAGUAGGAUUUUAAAAUUUGAUUUUUGUGUUUAUGCCAUUCUUAUUAGACAUUGUCAACAGAAAUAUAAUGGGAACUUUUAAAGUAUUAAUAUCGUUUUCUUUAUUUGCUUUAAUUAUAGCUAUUUAGAUUCUAGUUGAAGAUAUAAGAUGUUUCAAGUAAUAAUUAUUUAUUAUUUUAUAGCAUUUUAGAUAAUAAAUUAGCUCCUAUGCAAUUUGCAAAAAUAAACAAUGCAAGUAAUGAAGAAAAUAAUAAUAAUGAUACUGAUCUAUUUGCCGAAUACUUAGAAAAGCCAUAAUGA